CAACUGAACAUUCCAAGACUCGUGGAGGAAAAGCAGCUCCAGCUUCAGCUGAUGCUCAACGCACCCCCGCGCGCUUGCCCCUGCAGCCGCGGAGCGAAGAGAAAGAACUACACACACAACUAAACACACACAUUUAACGCUGCGGGUCGUUGCAGGAGUGUGUGGUGGGAUUUACUGCGUUGAGGUGUUCAGGUGGAUUGUCUGCUGGCAGCUGGACUGGAUUCGUCUCUGUGUGUGUUUCUCAGAAUGUGGACGUGAAUCUCUCUUUUAACUAAUGAUGGCGGUUCAGGCUGGUUUGCAGGCUUGGUUCGGCGAGAAGUUUGAUGUCCCAUUACAGAGUCCUCGCGGCCUGCGCUCUCCCCGGCCCGGCCCGGGUCUGGCUGAUGUGUUCCAGUAUGACCAGUGGUUGGCUGUGCGACACGAAGCCACACUGGUGCCCAUGCAGGAGGAUCUGGCCAUCUGGCUGAGUGGCAUGCUGGGUGAGCAGGUGACAGCCGAAUGCUUCAUGGAGGAGCUGGACAACGGUGUUAAACUGUGUCGUUUGGUUGGAAUUCUUCAGAGUAAAAUCCCACAGGACUCGGAAACACAGCUGCUGUCAAAGAAAAUCCAGUUCAAGAAAAACGCCUCCCCUGGAUCGUUUUUCGCUCGGGACAACACAGCGAAUUUUCUAUGCUGGUGUCGUCACAUAGGAGUGGACGAGACAUAUCUGUUUGAGUCUGAGGGUUUGGUCCUGCAUAAAGAGCCGCGGCAGGUGUGUCUGUGCCUGCUGGAGAUCGGACGCGUCGUCUCCAGGUAUGGGAUAGAACCUCCGGUUUUGGUUAAACUGGAGAAGGAAAUAGAACUGGAGGAAAGUCUAAUGAUGAUGGAUCACGUGUCUCCAGUAAAAACAUUCACUGUGUGCUGUCAGCACGGAGGCCUGUAUCACACUGAUCGUGCGGACCAGGAUGACCCUCCCUGUAACUGCACACAGAAGUUUUCCAUCGAGUAUCUGUCUGAGGGACGCUACAGGCUCGGAGACAAGAUCCUGUUCAUCAGGAUGCUCCAUGGGAAGCACGUGAUGGUGCGUGUGGGUGGAGGUUGGGACACUCUGAAAGGGUUUCUGAUGAAAUACGACCCCGACCGCGUGCUGCAGUUCACCACUCUGGAGCAGAAGAUUCUAGCCUAUCAGAAAGGCCCGUCCGGCUCAGGCCCCGCCCACAGCUUGCAGGCCACACAGCCUCCCACAAUGGACCCCAUCGCAGCCGUUAACCUCCUCCCAGAAUCCUCCUCUUCAUCGUCAUCCUCCACGACAUCUGUGUCCAAACCCAACACGCCUACACCCGCGUCCCGUGGUGUCGCCCAGUCGCCCGCUUCCACGCCCUCGAUGCCUCGCAGAGCCGCCGCACCCAAGAAGAUUUUUCAUACGCCCACCGCUUCACCGAAAAUGACCCCUCUUUCAUCGCCCGUCCCGAAAAGAAGCCCACUUCCCCAGUCAACCCAAAAAGCCCCUUCCGCUGCAUCCAAGACCAGACUGCGCCCGCGUGGAUCUCCGUCUCAACCUCACAGUCCCGUCUGUCCCGAACCCACCUGCAAGCUGCCUAAACCUUCAGCCCCACCGACAUCUGCGCAGAAACCUGCCCAGCGCAACAGCCGCCCUCCUCCGGCACCCGUCCGCUCGCGGCUCGCCCAGAGACGCCCUCCUUCCCCUGCCUCCGCCCUGCACUUAGAGUCCAGGAAGGGCCGUCCCGUUUCCCCUCACUUGGCUCCGAAUGACCCCAAACAGACGAUUCCUCUCGCAAAACCUUGCAAGAGUAAAUCUGUAGAGCAGAGCACAGCUGCUACACGAACUGUUGCGUCUGUCAACGCUAAAACAACCCACAGGAAACCUCUGGUCAGCAGUAACCCUCCCGUCCAGACGCCCGCUGUGAGCAGCACUACCCACAAACACACGGCACGGACGAAACCCAGCAAACGUGACGAACCCUACUUUGAGAUGAACAGUAAGAGAAGGGUAAAGAACUAAGAAUGCUGGGAUAUGUAUGUAUGCGUCACGAUUCACUUCCGGAUUUAUUCGGAUGCCAUAUUUAAUUUUAAGUGAAAACGAGGCUGUGAUCGAUGUGUGCAGUCUGUUUGAUUUGUUGGAUUUUUUAAAUGUUGAAAGUACAUUUUCAAAACAUUGAAAAUAUAUUUCUAGUGGCCAAGCUAUGAAAAUGAGACUUUUAAUUCAGAACAACCUAUUAAACAUACUGCACAUCUGUCUUUAACAGCCACAUUUUCAUUUGCAGGAAAUUAAGUGACAUAACCUGUUUUUUUUUUUUCUUCUCAUCUGUCAAAACUUCUGUCUCAGGCUUUGAUUCGUGCUGGGAUAUAUAGUAGCUACUGCGGCGCUGAGGGUCACGCUUCACAUACAGAUUUAUUCGGAUGCCAUAUUUAAAUGUAUUUAAGUGAAAACAAGUGCAGUCUGUUUGAUUUGUAUGUUUUAAAUGUUGAAAAUACGUUUUCGAGUCAUUGCAAAUACAUUUUCGUUUCUUUGAAAAUGUUUCUACUGCACAAGCUAUGAAAAUGAGACUUUUAAUUCAGAACAGCCUUUUAAACAUACUGCACAUCUGUCUUUAACAGCCUCAUCAUUUUCAUUUACAUUAAGUUAAAUAUGACAUAAUCUGUUUGUUUUCUUGGCAUCUGUCAAAAUGUUCAAGCUUUCAUUUGUGCCAUACUAAAAAUCCUCAGGUUAUGCCUCGGAUACAUUUUACACAAAUUAACACGUUUUUAAUUUCUUCUUUAGCUACUGUAAUUAUCAUUAUUUUAGCUAAGAGGUUAGGAAGCAUUUAUAGGUUUAGUUUAAGUGUUUGAAAUUAUGCACGGUUAUGCACAAACUCAUAUCAUCGUCAUCUUUUGUGUUUAAUAUCCGUUACUUUUUUUUUUUUUAAGUCAGUCCAUGUCUGUUACGCGAUCUGAUUUGACUCCUGAUUGGGUUAUAAAUGUAUUAACAUUGCUUAUUAAUACCGUAAAUCAUUUAUUCACUGUAAGUCAAUGUAUUCUGAGCUCAUAAGAAAAACCAGCAGAAUGUUGGAAAGGUAAAGUCUUUAUGCAUGAUGUGCUGCGGGGCAUUCAGAUCACGUGACACGUGCAAAGGUCUGCUGUUCUGUUUCCACUUCAUAUUUACAUUGAGAGCACUGUUACUGUAUUACAUAAGAGACAUAUGUAGAUGAAUCCACUCUCGUUGUUCCAGCUCUAAUCUGACACCCCAUAAUAUGCAGAAACACCUCUCUAUGGCAACCAAAGCGAAAUUCAUGUUUGAAUCUUGUAUGGCAUCAUUUUAGAGCACAUUUUAAAAACUAUUUUAGAGUAUUAAGGGUUUACCUGCCUUAAAUUUGUGUUUGUUGGAAUAUAGGUGUGGUUUAUUAUCAAACACACUU